AUGACAUCAUCAAAAAAAGGAAUGGGGCGUAUUCGUCCCAUAAAAGUUACUACUUCCACGAGCAAAGGAUCUAUGUCCAAAGCAAUGAUAAACCUCUUGCAUUAUCAAUCAUUAAAAGUUUCAAAUACAAAUAAUUCGAAUAACAUCCAAAAGAUUGCUCAAAAAGAAAUUAUGUCUCCAAAAAGAAAAACAGGGCACACGGCUACCUCCACGAGCAAUGGACGCAUGGACUCAGUGAUUCGUUUGCCAUGUGAAUCAUUAAAAAUUUCAAAUACAAGUGACAUGCGAACGGCGAGCCAAGUAGAAACCAUGACGUUGCCAGUGAAAAGGACGGGUUGUGGGGCAGCUACUAUUGGCAAAAAAUGUACCACAGACGAUAUGGUUGUCUGCAGAGAGUCUUUUGGAACUACCACUGCAGCCGUAGAUGACAAAUGUGAAACUUUGGUUCACAGCAUAAGAGGCAAUCUUGGUUCGUAUGUUUGCCGGAUUUGUGAUAAAUAUUUUAAACAUGUAAGUAGCUUGAACGAGCAUGAGAAAAGACACAAAUCAACUGAAAAUAAAACACCAGCAGAUGUGGUUCGGCCACACGUGUGUGACAUUUGCGAGAUGGCAUUUAAGAAGAUAUACACUCUAACUGUGCAUUAUAGGAUGCACACUGGACAAAAGCCGUUUGCAUGCAAUGUUUGUGGCGAUACGUUCACAUGUUCAGCCAACCGGUCGGUACACAUGAGAACACACACAGGAUAUCGGCCAUAUGUUUGCACCUUUUGUGGAUAUGCGUUCAACCAAUCACAUGUACUGACCGAACACAUGAGGCUACACACUGGUGAAAGGCCCUAUGAGUGUGGUUUGUGCGAGUUGGCGUUUGUGUCAAGCGGCUUACUUAGAAAACACACGAUACGAAAACACAACAAACACGCAUAG